GGCAGGCAAACGCUCUCCUUAAAUUGGGUAGAAUACACUGAAACUGCGGGCUUUCAUGACGUUUCGCUGAGCGGUCCUUCACUUUCCCCCCUGCCAGUGCUUUAUUGUUCUUGCUCCGCUCUGAUCUUUGAUUUUUCUGGUGCUCAGUUUCUUCUGCAUCCCACUGAACUCUGCCUAGCAAAACAGGCACCAGUCGCAACUCGAAUAGUAUACCUAGGUGACUUGUGGGGGAAACGAAGCUGGAUCCAGAGGUGAGUGAUAGCGUGGAGGAUGGAAGAUCCAGACAGCAGCCCUGGGUCACUGUAAAAGCUGGCCUUCGUUGUUGUUCUUUUUAUUAUUUUUUUGUUAAGCCCUGUGUUUGUUUUAAUAACCUGUCCUGGUGUAAACGACCAGCCAUCAAAAUCCUGCUCGGUUCUGAAGAAAGAAAUCAUGAUCGAGUGAAAACGUGCAACAAACAGCUAAUGGUGACUCAAUGGAGGAGGACGUGGAGAGCCCUGUCACAAUUCAUCCACCUAAGUUGCCCAAACAAGCCAGAGAGGAUCUGCCAAAGCACUUAAGCAAAGAAUGUACCAAGAGAAAAAUCCAGAGGUAUGUGAGGAAAGAUGGGAAAUGCAAUGUCCACCAUGGAAACGUAAGAGAGACUUAUCGUUAUCUGACUGAUAUCUUCACUACUUUGGUGGACCUCAAGUGGAGAUUCAACCUUUUGAUUUUUGUCAUGGUUUACACUGCGACUUGGCUGUUUUUUGGAUUCAUCUGGUGGUUAAUUGCUUACAUCCGAGGAGACAUGGAACAUAUAGGGGAUAUGGAAUGGACCCCGUGUGUCAAUAACCUCAAUGGGUUUGUUUCAGCCUUUUUAUUCUCCAUAGAGACAGAGACCACCAUUGGAUAUGGUUACCGGGUCAUCACAGACAAGUGUCCUGAAGGAAUUAUUCUACUUCUAGUUCAAUCUGUCUUAGGAUCUAUUGUUAAUGCCUUCAUGGUUGGCUGCAUGUUUGUAAAAAUAUCCCAGCCCAAGAAGAGGGCAGAAACUCUGGUGUUUUCUACCAAUGCUGUCAUUUCCAUGCGAGAUGGAAAGCUGUGUCUGAUGUUCCGAGUUGGGGACCUCAGGAAUUCGCACAUUGUGGAGGCUUCAAUACGAGCCAAGUUGAUCAAGUCUAAACAGACAAAGGAGGGGGAAUUUAUACCACUCAACCAGACAGAUAUCAAUGUAGGUUAUUAUACAGGGGAUGAUCGUCUUUUUUUGGUUUCGCCACUGAUUAUCAGCCAUGAAAUAAACCAACAGAGUCCUUUCUGGGAGAUUUCUAAAGCCCAGCUGCCCAAAGAAGAAUUAGAAAUAGUUGUAAUCCUAGAAGGAAUGGUGGAGGCAACAGGAAUGACAUGCCAAGCUCGAAGUUCUUACAUUGCAAGUGAGAUAUUGUGGGGUUAUCGUUUUACCCCUGUUCUCACACUAGAGGAUGGAUUUUAUGAAGUUGAUUACAAUAACUUUCAUGAAACAUAUGAAACCAACACACCAUCUUAUAGUGCCAAAGAACUGGCAGAGAUGGCCAGUCGAGCAGAACUACCCCUUACUUGGUCUGUGUCCAGCCAAUUAGACCGACAUGCUGAAACAGAUACUGAAGAGGAGGCCAAGAAUCCCGAAGAACAAGCUGAAAGGAAUGGAGACGUGGCCAACUUAGAGAAUGAAUCCAAAGUUUAAAAUCUAUGAUCAGGCAGAGAUCCAUAAGUUUCUCUUUAACAGGGAACAGAUGAAGAAACAUUUAAGGUGUGAAAUGAUUUCCUGUCCAUAAGAUAAGCAAAGAUUUGGAUUAAAGCUGCAAUAUCCCUUACUUUUCAAUGUAAUCUCUUAUCAUUUUUAAACUGGAGACAUCAGUGUUCUCAUAUGUUGGUUAUAGGUUGUUUGGCAUUUUCAUUUUUUAGGUAAAGAGCAAACAUUUAUUAACCUGGGCCAAAAACAAAUGGAAUGAUUGUAAGUAUUGUUUAUUCACAUCCUGGGCUUUAACUCUUAACUUUUUAUAUAUAACAGUUUCAUAAACUGAACAAGAUGCCUGCAGAAAAUGGGCAUUGCAGCUUUAAGGUCCAAGAUGAACAGAAAGGUCUGCAAUUCAGUGUGAUAUUGUACAUAUGCCUUAUGUAAUUUCUUUCAGUUUAGUAAUAAACCCAGCAUGUACAAAAGUACUGUAGUAAAUAACUUCUAAAUAAUGUACAUAUGUGUGUAACUAAUGUAGGUUUAGACAUAAUUCUAGAAAAUAAUGGGAUGCAAAAAAUAAAACCCACCUUUGAGAAGUCAUUUCUAAUCUAAUACCAGAAAUUUAUUAGAGUCUGUUUGGAACCCUGCCCAGUUAAUGCAUGCCAUUUUUCUAAUUGUACCAGGCUGGCAGCUAUUUAGAGUACCUCACUGUUUUCUUAAGCGAUGAUUUAGCUGACUCUAAAAAGCCAUAGGUCUGGGGGGAAAGGGCAGAGCAAUUGCAACAUAAUUCCUGAUAUACUGUGAAACUGUUUACAGCAUCAUCCUACCCUUUGUAUUGUAUGGUUAUUUGACUAGUUCAGCGAGAACUUGUGGAAGAUUCUUUUCAAAGGCAAGGACCUCUUUGUGUGGCAUUGUCUAUAACAGUUGUUUGUGUUGGGCUUUACCCUUUAAGUGCAAUACCUUGGGAAACUUUGGUUUUUAAAACCAUUCAGUUUGUUUUAGAAAACUGUGUCGUUUGAUACCUAUAACCAAUAUAAGCCAUGAGAUUUUUUGAAUGUUAUACAUAGGUCAGCUGAUG